AUGGUGGGCCGAGACACCUCCCGCCGGAUGAUCCCGUGGCUAUAUGAUCUGGUCUUAUGGCUCUUCACGUGUGCAUUAGACCUCUUCUUCCGCGAGAUUUAUCCUCGAGGAGCAUGGAGAAUCCCCGAAAGAGGACCGGUCCUGAUUGUCGCCGCCCCUCACGCUAACCAGUUCGUGGACUCGGCGAUUUUGAUGCAUCUGCUCAAGUCGCAGGCGAAACGACGCGUCUCUUUCCUCAUUGCUCAAAAAUCUAUGAAUGAACCUUACAUUGGAACUCUGGCGUCAUGUAUGGGCGCUUUACCAGUUGUUCGGUCUAUGGACUUGACCAAACCUGGAAAAGGUAGACUCUAUUCACCUGACCCAGAGAGUGAUCCAACUCUGAUCAAUGGCAUCGAUACUGAUUUCACGCAAUCUGAAUAUGUGGUCGGUGGUUCGCUCACCGUGAAAGGUCCCGAUGGACCGCAGACUACUUCAAUUGAAGAGAUUAUCAGUCCUACUUCCCUCAGACUGAAGAAGGCAUUUGCCGCCCCCUUGUCUGAUGACGCCGGUCGCAAAGGUGCAACUUUCAAGGUUGCCCCUCAUGUUGACCAGAGCCGGAUGUUUGCUGCUGUCUAUGAAGAACUCUCGAAUGGGGGCUGCAUCGGAAUCUUCCCCGAAGGAGGUAGCCAUGAUCGUUCUAACUUGCUGCCACUGAAAGCCGGUGCAGCGUUGAUGUCUCUGGGAGCUUUGGCGCAGGAUCCUAACUGUGGAUUGUCGAUUGUUCCGUGUGGCAUGAAUUAUUUCCAUGCACACAAAUUCCGAUCUCGUGGUGUGAUUGAAUUUGGACGACCGAUCCAUGUCCAUCCUGACCAGGUUGAGGCUUUCAAGGCUGGUGGUACUAGCAAACGCAAUGCCGUGGGCUCACUUCUUGAAACUAUCUACGAGGGACUUGAGUCCGUCACUCAGAUUAGUCCUGAUCAUGAGACUCUGAUUUUGGUUCAGUCUACCCGCAAAUUGUACAAUCCUAUCAGCAAGAAGAUCCCCCUUCCUCUUGUCAUUGAGUUCAAUCGUCGGUUGCUGAAGGGUUACACGCGACACCGAGAUGAUCCCCGGAUUCAAACUCUCAAAAAGGCUGUGACAGAAUACAACACACGCCUCGAGUCUCUGGGCAUCAAGGAUCACCAGGUGGAGUGGGGAAAUAUUGAGGAGAAGCCAUGGUGGCUCAUACUAAUUACCUUAUUUUAUCGUCUUUGCAAGCUUCUUGUUUUGAGUGUUGGAACACUACCGGGGACACUUCUUUUCUGGCCCGUUUUCGUCACGACCAAAGUGAUCUCCGAAAAGAAAAGAAGACGUGCACUUGCAGCUUCGGUUGUUAAACUACAAGGACACGAUGUCGUGAGCACGUGGAAGAUUCUGGUUGCUAUGGGACUUGCACCUACACUGUACGCCUACUACACCAUUAUAAUGACUGCUUGGCUUCGAUACAACAGACAGGACGGUUAUUACACACAUUCGGUUCCCUGGUGGAUGACUGCAAACACCUAUGUCCCCAAUUUCGUUUCCUUGUGGUUUUUCGCCAUGAGCUUCUACGGUUUCAUGGUAUUUGUCAGUUAUGCAGCUCUACGUUACGGUGAAGUUGGCAUGGACAUUAUCAAAUCUCUCCCACCCCUUCUGGUAGCACUCAACCCACUAUCAUCUUCAUCUUUGACGGAUCUACGUGCUCACCGUGAGGCACUUUCCGAACGAGUCACUCAAACGAUCAACGAUCUCGGAUUCGGUAUCAUGCCCGAUAUCGAUGCUGAAAUCCCAUCUGAUUCAUACACCCAAGAUGCUUAUCAGUCUACUCUGAAGAGUAUGCCACCCAGUGAGCCCGAGAGUCGUGAAAGCAGUCGGAGUAGAUCCGAUGCACCUGCCUCUGCACCUCGCAUGAAACCACUGAGCUCUGUGAACUCAGAGGGAGACUUGGAGGAAGUUGAUCGGAAGAUCCAGACUAUCAAGAAGGGUAGAGGUCGACGAUCCAACACAAUCAAUGGAUACGAGACGGGUGAAUCUAUUCUAAAAUAUCAGCCGAUCAUCGAGGAGGAUAAAAAGAGGAAAUAA